AUGCGACUAAACGCCAGAAUUUUCCAGCUUCGAGAUCCACGUCUUCGCCCUUUAGGUCUUGAUAUACCACGAGAGGAGCUCGAAGAUGUCUAUCUCGAUGAUGACCGAAACGACCAGACACGCAUAGGCUCUCAAAGGCAUCCUGCGUGUUUCUCUUCUCAGCUCCAAGAGGCUUGCUUCAUCUGCUUCACCGUUCUCGCCUCUUCAAGCUUCAUGGUCUUGUUCAGAAUACAGACCAUCUCGUAUUUCACAAUACAGUCUUCGCUAUCUAUAGGGACUAGUCAGGUCGUUUGGACCGUCACUGCAGCUGGAAGCCCGACUUCAGUGGUUAUCACGACGUUGCUGGCCACCGUCUUCUGCACCAUGAACCUGUUGCAGGUCAUUGAGCUGAUCUCUGUGAUAUAUCAAGCGUUUCCUGAACGGCAGGAUACGUUGGUGGUCCUUACUAUUGUCGGGGGCAGCUCUCUCGGUUAUGUCAUCGGAGCCCUCGGGGCCGGACUCGCAGUCACUUUAUCGGACUGGGGUUAUGCAUUCGUCUUCGCCGGAGCUCUUUUCUCGAUUCUCGUCCCACUGGGAUACUUUUGUCUGCCAAAUAUCGACACGCUGGCAAACGCAAGGAACGAGACUCAAGAACUUCCAGGCGUUUUCGGUGAGGUCUUCUUGGCUAAAGCUUCGAUCGUACCAUCAAUCGUUUGGAAAGAUCGCAACUCAAUUUUGAUUAUUGUCUUCACCUUGGCUACAUUUCUGAGUCACUAUUCAUCUUUAUUCUGGGUUCCGUUCUUCCUCCAGGCUACCUACAACUUGUCACCGCUCCAAGUUGCUCUUCGUUUGCUGCCUCAAGCUCUCAUAGGAGUCCUUGCCAGCCUCAUGGUGGUGGUACUCUCCCGCAAUGUACAUACCACACUGCUCCUGAUCCUGGCUUCCGUUUGCUCAAUAUUGAGUGCGGUACUCAUGAUAUUCCCCGAUGAGCACAGCAAUUACUUCACCUUUGUCUUCCCAUCUCUCAUCCUGGGUGCAAUUGGUGCUGAGUGGACAUUGCAUAUUGCAGUGCAAUAUCUGACGUCUAUCGUCCCGAUCCGCAAACGUGUCAUGGGCAUUGUCGUUUCGCACACGGUCGUCAGGCUCGCAAUACCUUUGGGCCUUGCCACUACCGCUGCCGUAUGGUCCACAGUGCGCAAGGGGAGCCUGGAGACACGCUCACCUGAGGCAUACAGCAAGGUAUUCAUUGCCAUGGCCUCGAUUGGUGGUGUGUCAUUACUUGUCUCUCCGUUCAUCAACAUUGGCAAGCUGGGCCACCAUGGAAGACGAAAGGACGUUCUCGGAGACAAAGAAGCACAACGCGUAUCAGAGGCCAGUCAAAGCACUGCGGGCGAGAAGAUACCAACAGUCGCUAUCGAGUCCACCAUUCCCCUGAAUGGUGAUGCUGGGGUGUGGCGUGGAGCCCAGAUCGGCCCAAGGGCCUCCUCACUAAGCACCAAUCUCGUCCGCAGGUCCGUGGCAUCCCAUCGAGUUCUCUCCCGAGCCACUGCCGACGACUCGGAUAUCGCCGGGCUGCCGCUACCACGGGUUCCGGGAAGGCACUCGCGGGAUCAUUCUACACUCCGUUGCUCUUCUCAGUACAGCACACCCCGGACCGAUCGAGUCAUAUGGGUGGUAUGCGAGGAUUGCGGUGUGAGAAAGAGGGCUGCUGCUGAGCCACUUGGUGAUCCCAAGCGGUAUUUCUACGAUACCAAACAUUAG